AUGGCGUCAUUGACACCUCAUGCUCUUCUCCACUAUCCGGAGCCGUCCAUCCGUCCCAUCGGACGGUUCUCCGCUCGCCACCUCGGCUCCCACUCCCCACUCGUUUCCUCUAGUAAUAUUAUACGAGGAAACGAGGGAGCCGCUCGCCACGUCAUCCAACCCCUCAAUAAACUAUCUUUUGCAACCAUGGCAUCUUAG